AUGGAAAAAAAAAAUGCAGAUGGUAGGCCUCAGCGCGCCGAGGAAAUAGAGCAGGAAGUUGGUCUUCUGCUCCUCUUCGCACUUCUAAGAGACCUGUUGGAUGACCAGCUUCCGUCAGCUUGCAAUGUUCUCCGAAAAGUUUUGGACGGCCUGUCUGUGGAUACACUGAUGACUGAGACGAACAUAGGUUUUCUUCGUUCUGGGCUUGCGUCUUCCGCUUCCGAGGUGAAACUGCUAUGUCUCGGUCAGAUCAAAAAAUUGGUGACCACAGAUAAACAUGUAGCACCACUUCAAGAGACAGAUAUAUUCGGCGAAGCGCUGGUAUAUAUCAGCCACGAAGAGUUGGCUAUUGCCCAGGCCGCCGCGGGCAUAGUGGCCAGCCUGGCGUGGACAGAUUCAGGCUUAGAGUAUCUGUGUGGGUCGGAGGUCACGGCUAUUCUGAACGAUCUCAUGGAUCCCGCUUUGCAUGACGAUGUGACCCGGUUCAGGGCCUAUGAUGCGGUGGUGGGCGCGGCGACGAUCUCCUCGAAGGCUUUAAGGAAUUUUGAACGCGUGCAUCUGCUGGACAGAGUCAAAGCCGAUCUGCUGACGGACGAUCCCUUAUUGCGCGUUAGCGUUGUGCAGUUGUUUGCAGAGAUGAGUGCUUCCCCCACCAUCUAUCAAUUUUUGGUUGAGAGUGGUGCGCUAUCCGAGCUAUCAAAAUCCGUCACCAACUUGGACGAUCCUUUGACAUCGUAUAUUCUCCCGAGCGUGCUUCAUUUCUAUGGAGGGCUCGCUAAUUAUCAGAGUGAUCAUUUCAAACAGAUAUUCAACGAGAACGAUUUUGCAAGGAUGUUUAAGUAUUACCUUGUGGAAUCGAAUGACAACAUGCUAAAGGCCACAAUUAUAUCCUGUAUCGGCACUAUAGGCCGGUCAAAGGAGGGGCUGGAAGUGAUGACUAGCCAUCCCGAAAUGCUAAUUUCCAUGCUUAAGUAUUGUGUGGGGACGCAAACAGAGUUGAGGAACGUGGCGCACAAUGCUCUAGCCUCUAUGCUGAGGUUACGUGAUCCUUCCGUUGACCAGUACCAACAAAGCAUAUAUGCUGGCCUUCCAUCACAAUCAGAGGCGGGGGGAUUCGUUGGGUACCUGCAACAGUUAGUGAGACAGCCCUUCGAAGACAUAAAGAUAUGUGUGUACAAUGUAUACCUAUCUCUGGCUGGCCACGACUGGGGACGCAAGGAACUUGUUUCUCAGCCGGGACUAGUAGAAUCUCUGACAGACAAGCGCAAUGAUGUUAGCCAUGAGGUUUCCUUAGCCAGAUACGAUGUGAUUGAUUUACUCUCCGAAACCGGCGCAGCUGAACUUAGUGAUAAGGCAUUAGGAGAUCUCAACACCGCACAGCAAGGUGGCAGACCUGGAACGAGAAGAGCUCAGCCGACUCUUGCCACUAUGACCUAA